GGUACAAAAAUGUUGAUUGAGCCGAAAUUAACAAACACGUCUGAAAAUUUCGGUAAACCGCCCGAAAAGCAAAAUCCUUUAUUGCAGAGUUUAGGUUCUCCACAUGUAGAUUCCUUUAAUUAUAUGUUAGAAGAUGGCCUCUCUGAGGCCGUUCGGGAUAAUCCACAUGUUUAUAUUUAUCUUCCAAAUGGAGACAAAGUUGCCCUGUGGGUCGAUGAUGUAUCUAUUCAUCAACCUACUGUUCCAACUGGUACAAUCGGAGUAAAAAGCUAUAAGAUUUAUCCUAGUGAAUGUAGACAGCGAGGAUAUACUUAUAAAGGAAAGAUAACAGCUAAAUUGGGUUGGUCCAUCAAUGACAAAGUACAAGAGGCUCUAGAACGGGAUCUAGGAGAGACACCGAUUAUGAUUAAGUCUAAUCGAUGUCAUUUGAGUAAAAUGAGUCCAAGUGAGUUAGUUAGCCAUGGAGAACAUGAACAAGAGUGGGGUGGAUACUUUAUAGUCAAAGGACUUGAAAGAAUUAUAAGAAUGCUAUUAAUGACAAGAAGAAAUUAUCCUAUUGCUAUUAGAAGAUCAGGAUGGAAAGCUCGUGGUAUUCAAUUUAGUGAUCUUGGUUUACUUCUAAGAUGUGUACGUGAUGAUAACACUGCAACUAACAAUACUUUACAUUAUGUAACCGAUGGUUCUGCAAAGUUAAUGUUCACAUAUAAGAAGAUACUAUACUAUGUUCCACUAAUCCUGAUGUUAAAGUGUUUGGUCGAUGUUUCUGACAUUUUUAUUUACAAUGCAUUAACAGCUACUUGUGAGGAUGAUCUGUAUUAUAAAGGUUGUAUCCUAAAUAUGCUACGAGCGAUACACAUGCAAGAUUUACAUAGUCACGAAGAAUGCAAAGCUUACAUAGGAAGGAUGUUUAGAAUAAAGUUUUCCGAAUUGCCUCAAGAUGCUACAGACAUUGAUGUUUGUGACUUUAUUAUUAAACACUGCAUAGCGAUUCACCUUAACAAACCAUUGGAUAAAUUUUAUUUACUUGUUUUUAUGACAAAAAAACUAUUUGCUCUUGCAAAUAAUAAGUGUGCUGUCGAAGGAGCUGAUGCUGUAAUGAUGCAGGAAUGCCUACUCGGUGGACAUUUGUAUUUACAAGUACUGAAAGAAAAGCUAUAUGCUUGGCUGAUUGGUCUUAAAAUUGGCAUCUUAAAGCGCGCGAGAAGUGCGGGUAAUAGAUACAUUUUAAGCGUGCAGGAAAUGUUAAACGUAAUGAAACAUGGAAACUCGCUUGAAUCGCAGAUGGAAAAUUUUAUAUCGACUGGAAAUUUAAAGUCGCCAACUGGUUUAGGACUGAUGCAAACUACAGGUCUUACGAUUAUCGCUGAAAAUAUUAACAGAAUGCGUUAUAUGAGCCAUUUUCGUGCAAUACAUAGAGGUUCAUUCUUUCAAGAAAUGAGGACUACCGAAGCUAGACAGUUAUUGCCAGACGCAUGGGGUUUUAUUUGCCCUGUGCAUACGCCCGAUGGUGCACCUUGCGGCCUUCUAAAUCACUUAACAAUGAAUUGCAUCAUUACAAAACACCCAGAUCCAAAAUUAAAAUCCAACAUUCCUGUUAUAUUAAUGGACCUUGGAAUGAUUCCAUUAUUGAUUGCUGACAGUUGGAAAGACUCAUAUGUUGUAAUGUUAGAUGGGAAGUUGAUUGGACUAAUAGGUGACAAUAUAAUUACUAGAGUGACGGACAAAUUGAGAUUACUUAAAAUAAAAGGAAAAGAGGUUCCGUACACGAUGGAAAUAGCAUUGGUGCCAAAGAAGAAUGUCCCAGCCCAGUAUCCAGGAUUAUAUUUGUUUACGAAUCCAGCUCGUAUGAUGAGACCAGUAAUGAAUCUGGCUGCUAAAAAAAUUGAAUAUAUAGGAACAUUUGAACAGAUUUAUUUAGAUAUCUGCGUGACGCCCGAGGAAGCCUAUGAUGGAUUGACGUCGCACCAGGAAUUGUCAAAAACGGCGUUCUUAAGCAACUUAGCAAAUCUUAUCCCAAUGCCAGACUGUAAUCAAAGUCCACGAAAUAUGUAUCAGUGUCAAAUGGGUAAACAAACAAUGGGUACUCCGUGUCAUACAUGGCAAUUACAAUCCGAAACUAAAUUAUAUAGAUUGCAAACACCAGCAACACCAUUCUUUCGACCUGUACAUUAUGACAAGAUUAAUCUUGAUGAUUUUCCUAUGGGUACUAAUGCAAUAGUUGCUGUUGUUUCUUAUACAGGAUACGAUAUGGAAGACGCGAUGAUUAUAAAUAAAGCAGCGUACGAUAGAGGUUUCGCGCAUGGAACGAUUUACAAAUCCGAAUUUGUCGAUUUGAAAGAUCAAAAAAGUUAUUUUGCACGAAAUCCAGAUAAACCUGAACUUGCAGAAAAAUUGGACACUGACGGUCUUCCUAUGAUAGGUACUGUUAUUAAGGAAGGUGAUAUCUACUAUUGUUACUAUGAUGCUGAUCAAUCAACGUAUAUUACUGGUAAAUAUCAUGGCAAAGAGGAUGCUCAUGUUGACAAUGUAAAACUCUGUGGCACUUUGCAUGGCCAUAUUCCACGUAGAGCUUGCAUUACCUUUCGCAUUACCCGUAAUCCAAACGUUGGAGAUAAAUUUGCUUCAAGAGCAGGUCAAAAAGGUAUUUGCUCGCAAAAGUGGCCAGCGGAGGAUUUACCGUUUACAGAAACUGGUUUAAUUCCUGAUAUCGUAUUCAAUCCACAUGGUUUUCCAAGUCGUAUGACAAUAGCUAUGAUGAUUGAAGUGAUGGCUGGAAAAUCAGCAGCCAUACACGGUUUGGUGCAUGAUGCAACGUCCUUUCGAUUUAAUGAGAAUGAAACCGCGAUUGAAUAUUUUGGAAAAUUAUUAGAACGUGGCGGUUAUAAUUAUAAUGGAACCGAAAGAAUGUAUUCGGGUAUAGAUGGAAGGGAAAUGACAGCCGAUAUUUUCUUUGGAGUUGUACAUUAUCAACGAUUGCGGCACAUGGUUUCCGACAAGUGGCAGGUUAGAAGCACGGGUCCAAUCGACAUUCUUACGAGACAACCUAUAAAAGGUAGACGAAGAGGUGGUGGUGUGCGAUUUGGGGAAAUGGAACGAGAUUCGUUGAUAUCUCAUGGCUGUUCGUUUCUACUUCAAGACCGUCUUUUUCACUGUUCAGAUAAGACUACGACUUCGGUAUGUCAGAAAUGUGGGACAUUGUUGGGUCCGGUAAUAGAAAUGUCUGUGAACGUGUCAAGAUUAGAUGACAGAAGAAGAUGUCGUCUUUGCGGUGAUGACAAAUCUGUAAGGGAAGUUGAUAUACCGUACAUCUUUCGAUACCUCGUAACGCAAUUGACGUCUUGUAAUAUUAAUGUGAAACUAACAUUUGCGGAGAAAUAAAGAGAACAUUGGAAUGUAUAUAUUUUUACAUUAUUCUCCAU